UUAACCGCCAUUGUGUCGCCACCUGCCCCGAACACUCUGUAGCACACUGACACAACGAUGGUGUGUCCGUGCAGCCGACAGGCUGGAAGCAACAUGCAGCAGUCCCGGCCGCACUUGUCGUGCUCCGAGUACGCCAUGGUGGUGGCCAGUCGCCUGUACUUCUCGGCGUUCUAUCGAACGGUCUACUUGAUCAUGAUCGCGUCGAGCGUGGCUUGCGUGGCAUGGACUGUUGCAAACCACUGGCGCACGCCGACGUCCGAGGUGUUCAUUUCGCUGGAAAUCCUGCUGUGUUGCAUGCUCGUAGUCGAAGUGGUUAUACGCAUGCUUGCAUUGAAGCGCAAGUUCUGGACGCGAUGGACCAACCUGUUCGACGUGGCCGCGUCGGUGCUCAGCAUCGUGUCCGUGGCGCUGUAUUUCCAUCAGGAAGGGGUCAUGGAGGAGCUGGAGGAGGUCGCGGCGGACUUCAUGAUGAUGUUUCGCAAUGCCAACCAGUACAUGCGCCUCGCUGUGUUCCUCAAGAAUCGCAAGAUGCUGUCGUCUCAAAAGUCGGCCGACUCGAACGGGAUUGACUUUGACGAUUUAGAUGAAGAAGAACAAACCAGCAUGCUUCAGGAGACCCGCGAGGAGGAAGUUGACCAUAAGGACGUGGAAGCUGCAGUCGUGGUGAAGGAUGACGACCACAAGGCGACCGCCGCCCCAACUGAAGCGGCGGCAGUGUCGGACUACGAUGAGGUUGCAUUGACGACGUAACAGUCCCCUAACCUAAUUAUUGCCACUGACCCUACCACACCUUGAGAUUCAUACUAAAACUAUUGGAGAUUUUUCGCUAAGUUUGC